CAUUUGUAGCCACAAUCACUGGCUCCUGCUUUAAGAAUUUUUUUGCAUACUUUUCAUCUGGUGUUAAACACACAUUCAUGAUAACACGUAGUUCAGCUAAUGGUGUUUCAUCAACAGGGACAGACAGAGACUCUCUUGCUUUGGUUAAGAGUUCACUUUUUCAUUUAUCUGUUUAAGAAAUGGCAGCUGCAGAGCGUAAUACACAGGGUUUUUCAGUUAGUGUGGCCAUAAUGCUUUCAACUCUUAUAGCUUUCAUUCCUCCCUUUCUAGGGAAAAUUGCAAUACCUAAUUUUUCCAUGAAGUCACGCCCUAAGAAGUUAAUGGGGCAGCUAGGUGGAAUUACAACAGGGGCCUGCAGCCUUUAUCCUGUCUGGAGGUCACAGAUGUCGAUGGAGAGUGACAUCCACUCUUGUGAGGUUUGACCAUUUGCUGAUUUUACAAAUAUAGGGGUAUUGGAGGAUUUAUGCCCUACACUGUUUUUAACGCAAGUUUUACAUGCUCCAGAGUUGCAUAAGAAGGUCACAGGAUGACCAUGGACAGUCAGAACAACAUAUGGCUUUUCUUUCAAUCCAUUUAGCAGUUCCCAUGCCCCAUACACAUUCACAAUUUGGGCCUGAAACCUCAUCUGUGGCAUUUGGUUUAUCUAGUCACGCUUGAAAAGGUCGUAAACCGCUCCUGCAACCUCGUCCCCUUCCUCUAUGGUAUGGAGCCUGUCUCUGAUUAGGACAUUCUUUAGACCAGUGGUCUGGUGACCCUCAAAUCCAGCAUCCCUCCUCUGUUUGUGGUGUUCUAUAUCUAAACCGAGAAACCCCCAAGCCCGUGGGCCGCCCCUGCCCCCCUGGAACUCACCUCUAUUUCCUUGAGGAGGUCGGGUGGCUUGAAAUGAGAACACUUCCUCUGGAUCAGAGGUGGGAUCUGCCCAGAAAAUUUGUGCAUCUUCUGCACUAUCACUUCCUCCUCCUUUUUUGGCAUGUUUCUCAGCAUGACGUGCAUAUUCCAUUAACUCUUGAACGGUGGAGGUGUUAAAUAUGACUAGAUGUUUUCUAAUCCAUUUAGCGAUGUGUGGGUGGAACCCAGACAUUAACAUAUUUUUUAGUAGUUGUUGGUAAGGAGAGUUAUUGUGGUCAUCAACUGUAAUGCCGCUGAAGGCUGACCGUUACAAAUCAGCUUCAUCAGGAAGCUGUUAACACAGAAAUGUGUAAAUGUUUCUAACCUCCAGGCAAACAUCCAAAAAACACUUAAUAAUGUACCACAAAAGAUAGGAGCCAAGUAAACAAUACACAGAAUAAUGAUAUGAAAACAUAACAUUUCAAAUAAACUCUUAAGUAAAUGAACUUAGAUAAUAACUUUUCCAAGAGUGGGUGUGAAAUAGAGGUGGAGUUUUUCUCUCAUGUCUUUUCUGCAUAAAAGCUGUUGUAGCUCUGGUUGUGCUGCUCCAGAGAAGCUGGGAGUGCAUGAAGCCUCAGCCUGUUCUGGGACAUAUGACUGGAUUACACUGCACAAAGGAUAUUCAGAAGAAUAUCAGCAGCUCCUCUUCUACACCUGUUCCAGUCAGCUCUUCUUCUCCAGUCUUUACUGAGCUCCAUCCUCUCAUGGCUAGCCAUGAGAACAACCCCUCCCUGGAAGACAGGGUGGAGGGCCAAUCAGGGCCUGCAGGACCAGCAAGCCUGCACAGGGCCUGGACCCACUUCCUGAAGGGGGUGUCCUAUUUCUCAGGAGACAUGGAGGUGUUUGGAAAAUGGAUGGAGAAACAGUUUUUUUUGCUGCAGCUCCUGGACUGGGUCCUGCGUGGAGCAGCUCAAGUGAUGUUUGUUAACAACCCUCUGAGUGGCCUGGUCAUUUUUGCUGGCCUCAUCCUGCAAAAUUAUUGGUGGGCCCUCAAUGGUUUCGUGGGGACACUCUUUGCAACAAUUUCUGCUCUCAUUCUGCAACAAAGCAGGAGUGCAAUAGCUGCAGGACUUUAUGGAUACAACGGCAUCCUGGUGGGUCUCCUGAUGGCUGUGUUCUCCAAUGCAGGUGACUGGUAUUGGUGGCUUCUGCUGCCCAACAUCUUCAUGUCCAUGAUGUGCCCGAUUGUGUCCAGUGCCCUGGCAUCUAUUAACACCCGCUGGGAUCUGCCGGUGUUCACGCUGCCGUUCAACAUCCUGGUGUGUCUCCACAUGGUCGCCACAGGCCACUAUAACCACCAUUUCCCCCAAGUCCUCAUCCAGCCACGCUCAGAGCUGCCCAACAUCACCUGGUCUGAAAUCGACGUGGCAAAGCUGUUCAGGUCCAUACCAGUGGGAAUAGGACAGGUGUAUGGCUGCGACAACCCUUGGACAGGAGGGAUCUUCAUCAUCUCCCUCUUCAUCUCUUCACCCAUCACCUGUGUCCAUGCUGUCCUGGGAUCUGCUGUGGGAAUGGUGUCAGGUCUGGCUUUAUCAGCUCCCUUUGAGGACAUUUACUUUGGUCUCUGGGGAUACAACUGCGUCUUAGCCUGCAUCGCUGUAGGAGGGAUGUUUUACGCUCUCACCUGGCAGGUGCACCUGCUCGCCAUCACAUGUGCUUUUUUCUGCGCGUACCUUGGCUCAGCCAUCUCCAACGUCAUGUCCACGCUGGGUUUGCCGGCGUGCACCUGGCCUUUCUGCCUGUCUGCCCUCACCUUCCUCCUCCUAACGACGGGGACCAAGAGGAUAUUCAAGCUCCCGCUGGCCAAAGUCACCUACCCUGAGAAAAACCUGGCCUUCUACUGGAGGCUGAGGAAGCAGGAGAAGGCAGAGAAGGCAGCGAGAGAGAGUCAGGAGCAGCUGAACGCUGAGAUAACCCUGCAUGACAAAAAGCAAUUAAAACUGGAACUUCGACGAAUAGAGGAGGGGAGACAAGAAAGUGAAAACAACAACAGUACUGAAAUGGAUGAGGGCGUUAAUGUGGAAAGAACAAACGGAGAAGAUAAUUCCACCAAGGUUGUUCCUGCUGACUAUGUCUGAACAAUAUUCUUGGAAAUAGUGAAGAUGUGAAAAUAAGGAGUGAAAUGUUUGAAUAAUGUAAAAAUAUGUAGUUGUAAAUAUAUAUAUAUUUUUAUUAUUCUGCUGUCAAUAUUCAUAUUGUUUUUUAAGAGUAAUGUUCAAUUUAGCAACCAGUACUUCUUGUAUACACUUGUCUUAAUGUGGGUGCUAAGCUUUUAUUUGCACUGUAAUUUUUUUUGGAACAAUAAAUUUUGGUGUUUUCAAAAACAGGGAAUUUCUGUCAGCAGGAUAACUAGCUGUGCACUCCACUAAGCUGGUCUUUGUGGAUGAGUGGCACAAGAAAAGCUGUUUUGUUUACAAAGCCAUAAAAAACAUGUAAACUCUGUUUCUGAUAUGCGAAAUGUUAAGCGUGUAGGAAAUAUAAUGCUGUCUACUGUCAUGAACGUACCACCCCGUUGAUAUUUUCACCACCAUACUGGUGAAAAACUGUUAGAGGCUGCAAAAAGCUUAAGAUUAGGGGGAAGGUUCACUUUUCAGCAGGACAAUGACUAAAUAUACAGUCAGAACUACACUCAACAGCCACUUUAUUAGGUCCAACUUCUCAUUAAUGCAAAUGUCAAAUCAGCCAAUUGGAUGGCAGCAACUCAAUGCAUUUAGGUGUGUACACAUGGCCAAGAUGAUCUGCUGCAGUUCAAAGAGAGCAUCGGAAUGGGGAACAAAGGUGACUUAAGUGACUUUGAAUGUGUCAUGGUUGUUGGUGCCAGAUGGGCUGUUCUGAGUAUUUCAUAAACUGCUGAUCUACUGGAAUUUUCACGCACAAGUAUCUCUAGGGUUUACAGAGAAUGGUCCGAAAAAGAGAAAAGAUCGAGUGAGCAGCAGUUCUGGGGGCACAAAUGCCUUGUUGAAGCUAGAGGUCAGAGGAGAAUGACCAGAUGUGUUUGAGCUGAUAGAACGGCAACAGUAACUCAAAUAACCGCUCGUUACAACCAAUGCAGAAGAGCGUUUCUGAACGCACAACACAUCGAACGUUGAGGCGGCUGGGCUACAGCAGCAGAAGACCAACCGGGAGCCACUCCUGUCAGCUAAGAACUGGAAACUGAGGCUACAAUUCACACAGGCUCACCAAAAUUGGACAACAGAAGUUCGGGAAAAAUGCUGCCUGGUCUGAUGAGUCUUGAUUUCUGCUGCGACAUUUGGAUGGUACGGUCAGAAUUUGGCUUCAACAACAUGAAACAGGAGUGACACUGAAAUGUUAAAUGAACCUUGUAUCAACGGUUCAGGCUGGUGGUGGUGAGGCAAUGGUGUGGGCAAUAUUUUUCUGGCACACUUUGGGCACCCAUUAGUACCAAUUGUGUCAACGACACAGCCUACCUGAGUAUUGUUGCUGACCAUGUCCAUCCGUUUAUGACCACAGUGUACCCGUCUUCGGAUGGCUACUUCCAAAGGGUAGUGCACCAUGUCAUAAAGCAUGAAUCCUCUUAGACUGGUUUCUUGAACAAUGUGGUCACUAAACUCUAAUGGCCUCCACAGUCACCAGAUCUCAAUCCAAUAGAGUACCUUUGGGAAAUGGUGGAACGGGAGAAUCGCAUCAUGGAUGUGCAGCCGACAAAUCUGCAGCAACUGCAUGAUGCCGUAGUGUUAAUAUGGACCAGAGUCUCUGAGGAAUGUUUCCAGUACCUUAUUGAACCAAUGCCACAAAGGAUUAAGGCAGUUCUGAAGGCAACAAUCCAGUACAAGCAAGAUGUACCUAAUAAAGUGGCCGGUGAGUGUACGUCAGGUUGGUUUAGAUUAAAGCUUAUUCACUUGUUUGAAUGGCCCAGUCAAAGUGUAGAUAUAGAUCAAGUUUUUAGAAUGUAGCACAUUAAGCUUUUAUUUGGUAAGAAUGAUUCACUCUUUUACACUGAUGAAUUAUUCUUAUUGGUUUAUCCUUUCCAGUGAUGUUUGUGCUCGUUCAUUGAGAAUGAACCCGAAACUUUAAAUAUUUAAUGUUUGUACUUCCCCAUUAAAUUUCUAUCACACCUAAAUCAGUUGAAGCUUUGGCUCUGCUCACAAAGAGAUAAGUUUCUGCCUGGUUGCAACUAGUCAUCAUGAUGUGACUUUAAACACAGAGUUACUUUAUGUUAUUAUAGGUUUAGUCACAAGAUGCAUUGCAAAUUUUUGAGAGGCCCCCAUGACUGCAUAAAAACAUGUAAAUAAAUAUGACCCUGCUCACUGCAACACAAAGCAGAUUUGUCCGUUUAUUAAUCUGGCUUAGGGGACUUGCACAACGAGUCUGAGAGAUUCCAGAGACUGUUGCAGUUCCUGAUUUAAAUGGUCAGAGAAUGGGAUUAAAUAUGAUCUGAGGCCCAGCACACUGAAGUGCUGAAAUUAAAAAAAGCCUAACUCCAAAUUUGUUUCUCAAGCCCCUUUAGUGUUUUCAUUUUCUUAAUCAAAGAAUGUUUGUAUUACAGCAAGACACAAUUAAUAGACUCCUGACACUCAUGGAUAUCAGGAUACUCAUGGAUUAACUUGUUGGAUGUUUAAAGGUUUUCAUAUUUUUUUUAAACUUUAACUUCAGUAUUAUUUUAUUUAGAUUUUAUGUGAUAGAUGCUCAUCAAAGUACUGCCCAAUCCAGAAGUAUAAGGAAAAUUAUUAUUUUUAAAUUAUUGUUUUGCAAUAAAAUAAAAAAAAAAAAAAAACUGCCUGUGCCUGUGAAGUUCUUGCUGCUGGUACUGCUGCAAGUCUUUGGAGGCAUGUCUCUUCCAGGUCUGCACAUAUAUCAUUAAUUUUU